AUGUCCAGUCAGCCUUCGCAACCAUCCCUACAUUUCGGCCAGGUCGUCAUUGGUCCACCUGGUUCGGGAAAAACGACUUACUGUCGGGGAAUGCAAGAAUUCCUCAGUCACUUGGGACGAAAAGUGGUGGUGAUAAAUCUGGACCCCGCUAACGAAGGACUUCCGUACCCAUGUGCUGUGGAUAUUUCAGAGCUCGUAACCCUUGAUGAUGUGAUGGAGGGACUGAAGUUGGGUCCCAAUGGUGGGCUCAUUUACUGCAUGGAAUAUUUAGAGACUAACUUGGACUGGCUAGAAGGAAAGCUAAAGGAGCACCGUGACGCCUACUUUCUUUUUGACUGCCCUGGACAAGUGGAACUGUACACUCAUCAAAGCUCAGUCAAGAAAAUAUUUGCUCAUUUGUCAAUGUGGAACUUCAGGCUGACUGCAGUUCAUUUGGUGGACUCUCACUAUUGUGCAGAUCCAGCCAAGUUCAUCUCGGUCCUGUGCACCUCUCUGUCCACUAUGUUACACGUGGAGCUGCCUCACGUCAAUGUACUGUCCAAAAUGGACCUUAUUGAGCAGUAUGGCAAGCUAGCCUUCAAUCUAGACUUUUAUACUGAGGUUUUGGACCUGUCCUACCUGGUGGAGCACUUAGCAUCUGAUCCAUUCUUCAAGAAGUUCCAUCAUCUGAAUGAGAAGCUUGCAGAAGUGAUCCAAGACUACAGCCUGGUUUCCUUUGUGCCUCUUAACGUACAGGACAGAGAGAGUAUGACACAAGUACUUCGUGCUGUGGACAAAGCAAAUGGCUACUGCUUUGGUGACCUGGAGGAGAGGAACCUGCAGGCCAUGCUGUCUGCUGCAGUAGGAGCUGACUUCCAGUUCAGCGCAACUCUUGGAGUGCAGGAACGUUACUUAAAACCAAAUCAGAAGACUGUUGAAGAGGAAGUCAUGGACCUUUAGCUCUGUGUGUGCAAAUGCACAGGCAGGUCUCUUGGGUUUAGAAACAGACAGAGCUAUGCAGAGCAUGUCCUCUACUCCUUAAAGCCUGUGCGAAUGCACAAGAAUAAUGAUUCUUAACUCCGUUAUUGGGUCCCCAGUGGGCAGCGUGUUUUUGUACUAGACCUGCAAUAACCAUACCUGACUAAACUUGUCAACCAGUCUCCAAAGCUCUGACUUGUUGAGUUAUGUAUGUUAGUUAUUGACUAGAGCCAAAAUGAGUUACCCACUGGGUCCCCAGCACUGAAGUUUAGAAAAUGCACUAAAACAAAGGGUGCUGA